AUGUUCCUCUUCUCCAAAAAGCACAAGACCCCCGUCAGCACUUACACCGACUCCUACCGACCACCAUACUCUGUCAAAAAGGCCAUCUGUGACCGGGGGCUGCUGGAGGUCUGGAAAGAAAACAAGUUUGUGACACCAGGAUUAACGAUGCCUCCGGAGGCAAGUCCGACGAUCCAAGCUCCGCCUGAUCUGAGGGCAGCUAUGCGGGAGUACUACAGGAACACCAUGUACCCCACUGCUUACAGUCCUGGGAAUUUCACAUCCAAAGAAAAGUACAGGUCAGUUUUUGCCAAUGAGGACAAACACAUGUCCUGGAGAACAAGUCCAAGCACUACAGCCUGGAGUAAGGAAUCUUCUUACCUCCCUCUCCUGCCCAAGGAGACAAGGAUGAACACCUUGCUGAACAGCAUACCUGUGAUGUGCCCUCUGAGACCCAUGUGCCUCAAUCAAUAUGAGAGGUUGGUGGUUGCUGACAUGAUGCAUAGGGUGCCAGUGUACAGCGUGACAGGGAGGAUACCCUUCCAGAGCUACUAUGUCCCCUGCUCUGGGCGACACUGCUGCCUGCGAGGGAUUGACUACGUACUAGAAGAGAGGGCUGUAAGGAACAUCCCGUGCUGCCACCAUCACAGCCCCAGAACGAUACUCCAUGCCUUUGCUCGUUGCCGCCAACCAUCCUCGCAGUGCAGGAUGCCUAGGUGGGACACAGGCCUCUUCACAAAUACACAAGGAGUCCAGAGAGGCAGCUACACCAUCCACCCCGAGUUUGUGUCCGAGGAUUUGUACACUUCUGCCUAUUGA